UUUCCAGUGCGGGCGGCGUGCACCUACCUGCAGGUCCCGCAUUCCUCUGUGUGGGUGGUGCGGCUGCAGGUGUUUGUGCGGGUCCCGCAUUCCUCUGUGUGGGCGGUGCGGCUGCAGGUGUUUGUGAGGGUCCCGCAUUCCUCUGUGUGGGCGGUGCGGCUGCAGGUGUUUGUGAGGGUCCCGCAUUCCUGUGUGGGCGGUGCGGCUGCAAGUGUUUGUGUGGGUCCCGCAUUCCUCUGUGUGGGCGGUGCGGCUGCAGGUGUUUGUGAGGGUCCCGCAUUCCUCUGUGUGGGCGGUGCGGCUGCAGGUGUUUGUGGGGGUCCCGCAUUCCUCUGUGUGGGCGGUGCGGCUGCAGGUGUUUGUGGGGGUCCCGCAUUCCUCUGUGUGGGCGGUGCGGCUGCAGGUAUUUGUGGGGGUCCCGCAUUCCUCUGUGUGGGCGGUGCGGCUGCAGGUGUUUGUGGGGGUCCCGCA